GGUCACGGGGCGGAGUUUCAUGUUGUAGUACGUGUGCUUCUGACGGGCUAGCCAGCUAGCUGAAGUUACAGAAUUGCAGUGGAAAUCAUGGUACUACUUGAAAACGACUCGUUUUUGACGGAGCUGACACGGCUGUUCCAGAAAUGCAGGACCUCAGGCAGUGUUGCCAUCACGUUAAAGAAAUAUGAUGGGAGAACCAAACCAGUCCCCAGGAAAGGCCACCCAGAGAGUUAUGAACCAGCAGACAACAAGUGUCUACUCAGAGCGUCAGAUGGCAAGAAGAAAAUCAGCACAGUUGUUAGCACCAAAGAAGUAAUCAAGUUCCAGAUGGCAUACUCUAACCUCCUGAGAGCACACAUGGACGGCCUUAAGAAGAAAGACAAGAAAAGCAAAAGCAAGAAAACCAAAGCCACCCAAUGAGCAACAGACUCUUUCAUAGUAUACUGGGGGAACCCAGACUGGCAUGUACCACCUCCAAGGUGCUCCAACUAUCAACUCUACCCCCAUCCUUCCUGCUCCAAGCUGCUGGCUGAGGCCCAUCAUCUUCCACCUGGGGACUGUUUUGACAUCAUGCCAUUGUUUACACAGCAAUGUCUCAUCCCUGGCCAGUGAAUGGCAUGGGUCUAUAGGGAGGAAGGGAAAGCUGAGGAGUUUAACUUGUAGGAUACUACAAGUGAGCUGCCUUUUUAGAUUAACCACCCCCCCCACCCCCAUAUCAACAUAUCUGGUCUGGAUCCAAGUUACACAGAGAGCUGCAUUGUUUAUGUAGUCACGGAAAGGAUGGAGCCUGUUAACUACUAGUCCUUGUCCCUAUUUAUGUUUGAGUUAUCCCUCAGUUCAGUUCGCAUGCAUCCAUUUGAUUACAUUUCCACUGGACCUUGUCUUAACCAUUUAUGGAUAGAUGAUGAACUGUAUAACUAAACUAUGAGUGAAGCUGCCACAUACAUUUGUUAGGGUUGGGGCUGAAUGGUUUUAUUUUGCCAUUCGUAAACGGAAAGUGAAAUACAGAAUAAAAAAUAAUUUUUAUUUACUUAAGAAGAAAUGAUUAAAUGGGUGAGUUCCUUAUUGGUCCAAUUUGUUUGUCGUCACUCAUGUGUCCACUUAAUGAAGGUGGUCAAUUCAUAGUUGUAAGCUAAGCUGUAAAGAGAGGAUCCAAAAGUUAGCUGACACAUCGUAAGUCCUCUAUAGUACUUGGAAAUGUUUUGUGUUGUAUUAUCAAUUCAAAUGUAGAAAAGCUUCAGCCUCUUAAUUUGUAGGAUGUAUGUGCCAUAUGAUAGAAGAUUGAGUAAGGGGAAAGUAUUUAGAAACUUUUUAAUGAUGUAGUAUAUUUACUGGUGGCUGAAAGGCUUAUUUGAUUUUUGGAUACAGAGAGAACCUUGUACAUGAUCAAUGUAGUUUUUUAUUUUUAACACCCAGUAAGUUUUUCCUUACUGGGUGUAAACCUAACCAUGAUAAUUAUCAUUAAGGAUAUAAGUUGAGAAAUAAAGUGCUUUGUUGGAAUAAAUAA